AGAAAACGAGACGCAGAAGAAGAAGGAGCAGAAGAAUAUGAUGUAGGGCGAGAUAACAACAACAACAACAACAUAAAGCGACGUGCCACCAAAAUGCCUGUGGAUUCGCUUUUUGACAUCUGUGUGGAAUAUGUGGCAGACACUGCAGACAGCUUCCUCAGUGGCAUUAGGAACUUACCUGUGGAAAUAAAGGACGAGCUGGUGCCAAAACUGUCCACAAGAAUGAAAUUCACCAAUGAGAACAUCAGUCAGCUAUUGCAUCCAGGAAUAAAGAGCCUAAAUCUAGGAUACUGCCAAAUUUCAGACUUGGCUCUCCAGCAGAUCUGCUGUCCACAUCUCAAGACCAUAAACCUGACUAACUGUCGAAGAAUCACCUCAGCAGGUGUGAUUGCUCUAGUCUCUUCCUGUCCAAACCUAAAGGAGGUUGAUCUGAAAAACUGUGAUGGAGUGACAGACGAGGCGGUGAGCGCUCUGGCCCACACGUGCAGAGACCUGGAAGUCCUCAGUCUCGAAGGCUGCUCCAUGGUCGGAGAUGCCGCCCUGCUGGCGCUGGCGGAGAACUGCAGGCUUCUCCAUGCUCUCUGCCUUUCUGGAACACAAGUUACAGAUGUUGGCAUCACUGGAUUUGUUACAGGGCUUUGCUCCAAAAAUUUGAAUGAGCUGGGCUUGUCAAGGUGUCCCAACUUGACUGAUGAGUCUUUUGAGGCUGUUAUCACAAAUUGCCCCAAGCUCAGUACGUUUCUCUUCUACGACUGUCCUCACAUGACAGGCCAGGCGUGGGUAUCCCGGUCCAACUGCAAUUUAAAAUUCAUGGCGUGGUCAGUCGAUUUCAAAUGAGGAGCUACAAGAUGCACACUGCUGGAAGUAACACAGGCUGCUGGGACGACCUCUGCUACAUGAAAGGUGACAGAAAACCGUCUGUGCUGGAGAACAGGCAUGUGUUUUACUGUGUGAAGAGUUUUCCCACAGCAACACAUCUGAAAGCAUCAUGGUUGUUCUCUGAGGUGUACGUUGUUUGCAUUCUGAUGUUUGGUCCUCACGUCAGUUCAAUAGGACAAGAUAUAACUGUGUUUUAAUGGUAGCACUUUAUUUUACAUCCUGCAGAUUACAGCAUAACUGUUUUGUAACAGGGUAACAGUCAAAUCCUGGGGAAUUAAAAGAAUAACAGUUUUGUAAUAAUGAUGGACUUAUGUUGUAAUUAAGGGGUAACUCUUAUAUUUAUGGGGUACAAACAAAGUAAUUACAAGGUAACAAACCAAAUCCUUGGGAAUUACAAUUUUGUAAUGUUGAGUGGCUUAUUAAAAAGUAAUGAUAUGACUGUUUUCACACUGACCACAUACCAAAAAACAAACACAGUGUAGUCACUGUGGGGCUUGUUCCCUAACUUCAAGGCUGGAAAUAAAGUGAUGCUUGUCACCCCGUAGUUACGGAGGCGUUACUCUGUAAUUACACCAUAAUUACUUAGUAAAAGCCCUUAUUAUUACAAAAUAUUACAGGUCAUUAUAUCGUGUGUGUGAGGGCGGUUGUUGGUUGUUGUUGUCCUCUCUGUCCUUCCCCCAGCGAACAGAGUGGUGCUCCAGCCAUGUUGUAAACUAAUUAACCAUUUACUGCAUGAAGUUAAGCUUUUACUACUUAAAUAUCCUUCACAGCUGUGAUAACGUUCAAGGAAAAGGUUGCACAAAGACGAAACACAAGUUAAGAGAGUGGUGUGAAAGUGGAAAUAAGUUUUAUUAAAAAUCAGCACUCAAUUUCUCUCUGACAGUUGUGUAAUGUUUACAAAAAUAACAUUGUUUCAGACUUUUUUUGCACUGUACACUGUUUAAGUGAAGCUGUUUUUGUGAUAAAUAAAAUUCUGUAAUAGC